CGGCGGGCCCUAACCCAACCCCCCACGACGAGAAGGUAUACCACUUACGACUGUCGAUGGGAAAUCUUAAACAAUCUUAUAUAAGAAACUGAUAAGAUUCUUAUAAGAAUCCUAUCAGUUUUAGCAAAAAAUUUUUGUCUAGGGUAAAUCGUUCAAUUGAAUCAAAUCAUUAUUAUUGUACUUCUCAUCGUUAUCAGCACCAGCGAAUUUGACAGCUGAAUUUAAUGCUGCCUCACGAAAUAGUCGUUUAUGUAGUCUAUCUUAA